AUGAGAGAGGGCGAUGAGUGGAAGACAGCGUUUAAUACCCCAACCGGACAUUAUGAAUACUUGGUCAUGCCCUUUGGUCUUACUAACGCCCCAGCAGUUUUCCAGGCCCUUGUGAAUGACAUCCUCAGGGACAUGCUCAAUGUCUUUGUAUUCGUUUAUCUGGAUGACAUUUUGAUCUUCUCAAAAGACAUGCCUGAACACGUCCGUCAUGUCCAGUUGGUCCUGCGUCGCCUCCUUGAGAACUCUCUCUUCAUCAAAGCAGAGAAAUGUGAGUUUCACGCCAAGUCGGUGUCCUUUCUGGGGUAUCUAGUAGCGGAGGGAAGUAUUCAGAUGGACCCUGCCAAGGUCUCAGCCGUUACCUCUUGGCCAGCACCAGAGAGCCGCAAGAAACUACAGCAAUUCCUGGGGUUCGCCAACUUCUAUAGGAGAUUCAUCCGGAAUUACAGUAAGGUUGCUUCCCCGUUGACUGCCCUCACCAGCACCAAGGUCCACUACCGAUGGACACCGGAGGCCGACCAGGCGUUCAGAACUCUUCUGCCCCCAUCCUCCAAAUGCCUGACCCCGAUCAGCAGUUUGAGACUGACCCCAGCUGAGCAGAACUAUGACAUUGGCAACCGGGAAUUGCUAGCUGUGAAACUGGCAUUGGAGGAGUGGCGGCAGUGGCUAGAGGGCGCCAGCACUCCGUUCCUGAAAUGGAAGCCGGUGUGGUUGUCUCUGUUCCCCCCCAGCAGCAGUGGAGUGGGUCGACUGGAGAUCCAGGAUAUGGGAGGAUUGAAGCCGGAGGAACACACAGCCACAGGCAAACAGGACCAGGUAAUAUUCGGGGUCAGGGACAGAAGGCUGGUGCAUUUACCGGGGAAGACACAAGGAGAGCAGGUCAAAAACAAGCAGGGUCAAAACCAGGAAAACAGGGGCGGUGCAGGAGGUGAUCAUGGCACCGGGGGCAGGAGACACCACCAGCAACACGGGGACAGGAAGCUGAAAGUGGUCCUACUGUCUGAGCUGAUCAGCGUCCUCAGACUCCCCCCAAAUGCUGAGGCCUGUCCCAUGGAGAACAUGUCAGCAUUUUGUGUGGAGACACAGAACAGAACUAUGGUGUUUGCUGCACUCAAAGAGGACUGUGUGGAGUGGGUAGAGAAGCUUUGUCAAAGCACCUUUCAGAGAGGUGGGGGCUCAAGUCCUAAUCAGCUUCAUAUGGUAGACAACCAGAUAUAUGCCACAGUAAAGGAAGACUCAGAGUUCUGGGUGGUGGUGCAGAGGACGGAUACAGCGAUACGUUGUGGUCUGCAGGGAUCAUACUGGCUGCAAGUGGGGCAAGAAUCGCUGCUUCUGAAAGAAAAACAGAAGAUGAGCAUUGUUCAAGAAUGGCCCUAUGAGCUGCUGAGGCGGUAUGGGAAAGACAAGCUGACCUUAACAUUUGAAGCAGGCAGACGCUGCGACUCUGGUCCUGGAACCUUCAUCUUUGAGACACAGCAGGCUGAAAAAAUAUUCUCUCUGAUUCAAAGUACGAUCAAACAGAAGACUUCAUCUGAUACUUCAGGCAACCAAAUCCAAGAGGGUGAAAGAGUUAUUGUAACCAACAUACGGGCUCAUUCCCCUCUCCCAAAAAUACCUGAUAUGACCAGUAUGGCUUCCAUUCUGGAAAGCAAACUGAAGACAUCAGAAGACAGAAUGCAUGCUCAAGACAGAAUUGAUUCGUCAGAAUGUAUAUCAGCACAGCCAGCUCCUAUCACCCUCAUGCCUCUCCCAUUGGUCCCCACACAUAACAGCCCCUCUGGAGUUCAUCACGGUGGCCAAUCAGAGGCUGUAUAUGCUGACCCAGUAGAUUGUCUCAAAUCUGUGCCAAAACCCCAAGCAACAACGGCUCAGUAUGUAGACCCUGCAAUUGUUCUUCCACUUCACCCCCCCACUCCAAGAGUGUCACCAGUCACUCUGCCUCCUAACUCCUCCAUGCCCACCUUCACCAUCAGCCACCAAGAUUCAGUCUACUCAGAGGUGUAUGACAAAGUCAGCCCAGUCCAGAACAAACCAAAUGUUGUUCAGACCAGAGGAAAGAUGAAGCAUUUUGCAGACGAUGAACCCAUUUAUACUGAGCCCACGAGUGAGAAGGAGUCUCCAAAAAAAGAAACCAAACCAGACCCAUUUGCCCACCUUUAUGCUCAGGUCUGCAAACCAACUCCAUCAUCUAGUCCUUCUUCAUCUUCUAACUCCUCCCCAUGUGUCUCUUUAUCCUCUUCCUCUGUUAUCGCCAGUAUGACCACAACAAAAUCUUCGGAUGAUCUUGAUGAUGUCAUCUAUGAAAACCUUGGCAUUAUUUAA